AUGUCAGCCAUCCCGGAUCUAAGUCCGGCCCAAGUCGGCCACAUUGCUCCUCAGAAGCACGUCGAUAUCGACGGCACAACAGUCUCCUUCCCACUCGUCCUCACUCCCGGGAAUUCCGGGACUGGCACACCAGCGGACGCUCUCACCACCACUGAAGCUGUCGCCACCUGGAUCACGCGAAACCAGAAGCACUUGGGCGGCCUUGCAAAGACCCACGGUGCCAUCCUGCUCCGCGACUUUUGUCCACCCAUCUCCACAGCCGCAGACUUUGAUGCCGUAUGCAAGUCGUUUGGCCUAGAUGAGUUCCCGUACAUAGGCGGGGCAGCACCGCGGACCGUGGUGACCGGGUCCGUAUUCACUGCCAACGAGUCCCCCGCCGACCAGCUCAUCCCCUUCCACCAUGAAAUGGCACAGAGCAAGAGCCACCCCGGUGUCUUGUUCUUCUACUGCAUGAAAGCGCCACCGGAGGGCGGCGAGACCCCCAUUGUACUGUCCAACCUUGUGUAUGAGCGGAUCAGGGAAGAGUUCCCGCAUUUUGUAUCGGAGCUGGAGCAGAAGGGCGUUAGGUAUGUCAGGGUUCUGCCGGAGGUCGAUGACCCCUCCAGUGCGAUCGGGAGAGGGUGGAAGUCCACUUUCGCGGUGGACACCAAAGAGGACGCCGAAAGAGUCGGCAGAGAAAUGGGCAUGGAGCUGGAAUGGCUUGAGGGGAGCCUGCUCAAGACGACAACUGCCGUCAUACCGGCCACGAAGAAGGACCCGCGCACGGGAAAGACGUCCUGGUUCAACAGUAUCGUGGCAGCUUUCACAGGCUGGAAGGACACGCGCAACGAUCCGCGCAGGGCGGUGGUGUUUGGGGACGGCAGCCCCCUCGAUGCGGACAUCCUGCGCAGGUGCCAGGAGAUCAUGAACGAGCUCGCCGUGGCGUUUGAGUGGAAGCGAGGUGACGUCUUGGUGGUUGAUAAUUGGGUCACGCUCCACUCGAGGAAUUCCUUCAAGGGGGAACGGGUCAUCUAUGCAAGUCUAUGGAAGUAA